GGGAUUUAGGAUUUAAGGGGGGAUUAAAAAAGCUGGUUCCUUCCUUGACAGCAGCGCCACCGGAAUUGACACUGACUCAAUAGAGCCGCUCAGGUAAGACGGCAGCAGUACCGUCUCCGGAUUCCCGAUACUCUACCCAGCGACACUUCCCCUCCUCUCUCCGCGUCACUCCGCAGGAGUGUCUUGGAGUCUCGCUGAAUCCGUCCCGCAUCACCGCCACCCGCUCGGGUCACCUUAGCGCUUCCCUACCGGCAUCUCUCCAGCAAAUCUCCUCCGAAGAUGAUUCCUGGCAAGCCGAAAGCCGCAGUUAUGUCCCUAUCGGUGGCGAUAUUCGGGACGCUGAUGCUGCAGUUCGUCUCCUCCCAGAACGAGCCAUCAAUUGCUGUCUCUGAAUCGGUUAUUAUUAUCUCGGAAGUGGACAGCAUCUUACUGCAGUGCAACUUGACCAGUACCUACAGUGCCCCCCAGGAGAGCUACUGGAUGAAGAACGGGGAGGAGAUCUUGGGAACACGCAGCCCAAACAAGAACACUGAGCACAGGAUUAACAGACCUAGAGGAGAUGAUGCUGGUGUCUACAUGUGUGUCUACAACUUUGACAUGGCCCCUCCUGCUAACGCCACCAUCGAAAUAAAAUCUGCUCCCAUGAUUACAGGCCAUAAGCGUAGUGAGAAUAAGAACGAGGGCGACAAUGCUGUGCUCUACUGUAAGUCUGUGGGCUAUCCUCACCCUGUCUGGACCUGGCAUAAGAUCGACAACAGUGGCAUAAGGGAUUUUGACAACUCCACCGGACGCUUCUUCAUCAGCAGCAGGGAGAACUACACCGAGCUGCAAAUUGCCGACCUGGACAUUAAGCUGGACCCUGGCGAGUACCUAUGCAACGCCUCCAACAUCAUCGGCAGCUACAGCGAGAAGUCUGUGCUGAGGGUUCGCAGCCUCUUGGCACCGUUAUGGCCGCUGCUGGGCGUUUUGGCUGAGAUCAUUAUCCUGGUGAUCAUCAUCGUUGUUUACGAGAAGCGCAAGAAGCCAGAAGAUUUGCAAGACGAUGACGACCUAGCAGGACCAGUGAAAACUAAUUCGACCAAUAACCACAAAGACAAGAAUCUCCGUCAGAGGAACACAAACUGAGAAACCAGACUAAAGAGUUUCAUUUUUCAUGUAUUGACCAUAUGAAGGUAAACAAGAGAGGUCUCCAUAUCAGUCACUCAUAAAAUGUAUCUGCCAUUUGAAAAGUGGUUAUAGGGAAUUUAAAUGAGGCAUGCCUUAUCAUUUUAUUUUGUGAGGGUGUGUGACAUGAAGGUACUCGAACCAUUACAGAUUUAACAUUAUAAUCAUUGUUGCUGCAUGCGAUUGUUGUUUUUGGAUUUUUUUCCUUCUCAAUCACUAAUUUUAUAUUUUUACAACUUCUAAGG